CCAUCACCACUGCCCCCCCUGGUUCCAAUCCGAAAUACCCUGACAGCUAUGAUCCACUGAGUCCUGACGUAUGCUCUGCCACCUACCAGUGCAGGAUUCCGGGAGAUAUAUGGGAUGGUCCCAAUAGUUACCUUAGCCUCAACUUUGAUGAUGGUCCGCUGCCAGGGAGUGGUCAUCGCGGACUGUGACUUCUUCUUUCGCCUUUUAUUCAUAACUCUACAGCCAUCCCCCAUGCUGUACAAAUUCCUCAAGGAGAAAGAUCAACACGCAACACACUUCUACAUCGGCAUCAACAUUCUUCAGUAUCCCGACUGCUUCGAGAUGGUGUGGGACAACAAGGACGAUAUUGCCGUUCAUAUGUGGACUCAUCCUUACAUGACCACGAAGAUGAAUGAAGAGGUCCUCGUGGAACUUGGAUGGACGAUGCAGCUCAUCCAUACCUCGAUGGCGGCAUGAGUGCCUAAACACUGGAGGCCACCCUACGGCGAUUCCGAUAUGCGUGUCUGUGUGAUCACCAAUGAAGUAUUGGGUCUCACUGCCGUGA